AUGGAUACAUAUAACUUUGAUCCAAAUGUCUAUCUCAAUGAGAUAUUUAAUUCUCCCGAUUCUUUGAAAGAAUUACCACAAUUAUUGGAUCAUACUCAUAAAUAUAAACGUCAAUUACAACAAGAGAUCAAGAUUGAAAUAAAUGAAUAUGAUUACAGAAAUACUUCAUCUACUUUAAGCACAGAAAUAGGGUCAUUGAUAGAAGAUAUCCGUCAAGUGAAGGCAAACUCAGCAACAACUCAAGAAUCAAUUACUUUAAUGACAAGUUCAAUUCAAAAAUUGGAUUGUUAUAAGAAGAAUCUUGUCCUUUCAAUGACAAUUAUAAAAAGGUUACAAAUGUUAGUAAAUGCUCAUAAUACUUUGAGAAAGAUUAUAUCAACUCAUAAUUAUAAAGAAAUAUUACAAUUAUUAAGUGUAAUGAAAGAAUUAUUAUCAUUUUUUAAACCAUAUCGUGCCAUUGAUGAAAUUAAUAAGAUUAAUUUAAUGAUUGUCAAUACCCAAAAUAAAUUAACAGAUGAUAUUUUCAUUGACUUUGAAGAUUAUAUGGAACAUAGAUAUAAUCGAGAAGAAGAACAAUUGACAUAUGGGUGUGAAAUUUUAGAAUUGAUUGAUACAAAAUAUAAAGACAAGUUAUUAAACUGGUUUUAUAACUUACAAUUGAAAGAUAUUAAAGCAAUUUUUAACAAUCUAGAUGAAGCGGGAUCUCUUGAUAAUCUAGAUAGAAGAUAUAUCUAUUUUAAUAAAAUUCUAAAAGAUAUUCAAGCAAGAUAUGCCAAGGCUUUCCCGCAAGAUUGGAGAAUUGAAGUUGAAAUAACAAAGAUGUUUUGUCGAUUAACAAAGAAAGAUAUCUCGAAUCUAUUAUCUAGAACCAAACCAAACUCAAAAACAGUUUUGGAUAACUUGACAACAACCUUGGAAUUCGAAAAAAACUUGAACCAAUUAUUCCAAACUGGAGAUUUCCAUCAAAUUAUUUCCCUGGUAUUCGAACCACAUUUAUCAAUUUGGGUCCAGGAACAAGAAAAGCAUCUUAAUAGUAAAUUGCUAGAAUUCUCAGCUACUUCGCAAUUACCUCCAGAAUUCAAAGAUGAGCAAGAUAUUAGUACCAUAUUACGUGUCAAUAAUGUCCCUAACAUAGCCGUUUCAUCCACGGAAUUAUUUAAAACUUAUCAUAAGAUAUUGACCCAAAUUUUAAAAUUAACCAAUGGGGAAACAUUGCUAGAUUUAGCUAAAUUAUUCAGCAAAUAUUUAUUUGAGUAUCAUAACAGGAUAUUAUUACCGAUACUUCCAAAAAAUGAUAAUGAUUUGGGUAGUGGUAUUGAAUCGUUAAAGUAUUUAACAAUGAUAUUGAACACAGGAGACUAUAUUGUCAAUAAUAUUGAUGAUUUAGCUGGAAAGUUUUCAAAUAUAGUUCAAGAAGAAUAUAAAGAAAGAAUACCCGCAUUUGACGCCAGUAAAGAAAUAUAUUUCCAAUUAAUCAAUCGAUGUAUUUCCACUUUGGUUGUAAAAUUGACCAAUGACUAUAAAUAUUGCUGGCGAGAAUUUGUCAAUUUUAAUUGGCAAGAAUUGGAUGUCAUUAAUGAUGUUUCUUCAUAUAUGGCAGAGUUGAAAAAAGUCACAAUAAAGAAUAUUAAGGUUGCUUUACCUUUGAUCAUAAGAGAUAGUUAUAUUAGGAACUUUAAUGAUAGAUUGGUAGAAUUAUUGGUUACAACAAUCGCCAAUAAUUUGAAAAUGGUCAAGACAUUGAAUGUAUUAAGUUAUGAACAAAUACUUUUAGAUGUCUCAAGUUUGAAAGAGUUAGCUUUACAAUUCCCAUUGUAUUCUGAUCCUAAUUAUGAUGAUUCAAAGGCAGCAGAAACACAAAGUUCAAAAUCAUAUCAGAAAUUUGUAACCAAUCAUUUCCAUGACUUGGAAUCGUUGUUAAAAUUAUUAAUGGUUCCAACAAUUCCAGUGGAAAAUAUAAUAGAAAGUUAUUUUGAAUUGAUAGGAGAUAAAUCGAUUCAAAACUUUAUUAAAGUGUUGAAUUUAAAGAAGAUUAAUAGGAAUGAACAAAGUAUUUAUGUGGAGAACUUCAAGUUACAAUUAACCAUUGAAGAUGGUUCCUUAAUUACCAGUUGUCAAUUAUUAUCAAACUUGGAGGAUAAUGAAGACACCUUGAGUUCAUCAACCCAUUCUUCUAGAGUGUCGACUCCAGUUCCAACUGAUAUGAAGUCACCUAAGCUUUUGCCAGUAAAGAUGAAUAAUUUUGAAAAGAAUUUACGAGAAUUUGCAAUGACUGGUGAAACUCAUGUUAAUAAAUUUAAUGAAAAUAUUAAAAAUUUUGGGAAAUUUUUCCGUAAGGAAACCAAUGAGUAA